AUGGGGAAAUACAUGAGGAAACCUAAAUUCACCGGAAACACAAUAGUUGUACUCGAUGUUUCUCUCGGUGUUCGAACCAGAGCUAAAACCCAAGCGUUGCAGAAACUUCAAGCUCUCAAUUUGUCCGCCGCAACGCCACCGUCUCCGGCGAUGGUGACAGAACAACAUACGGAAUCAUGUUAUCUGGAACUACGCAGCCGUAGGCUGGAGAAGCCUCUGGCUCAACUAUUAAUGUGCUGCCGACAACGAAACCUUAACCCUAGUGGUUUGAACUCUUCUUAUUCCAACGAUGGCGGCUGGUAG